AUGAAUCAAGCUCCACCAAACAGGCCUAACGAAUUACAAGCUGCAUUAUUGACUCUCACCAACACCCAAACUCAGUUCAUGACAGAGACUAGAUCUUCUAUCAGAAAUCUUGAAACUCAAGUGGGGCAGUUGGCUAAUAUGCUAAAUAAUAGAGCACAUGGAAACUUGCCUUGCAACACUGAAGUUAACCCUAAGGAGCAAGUUCAGGCAAUUACUCUGAGGAGUGGUAAACAAAUUGAGCAGUCCAGUGUACAACAGUCAGCAAUUCAGAAUAAAGAGUUGGCAGAGAAAUCUGAUACAAUUUGGAAAGAAGUUACUGAGGACCACCAGAAGGUGUUUAAAAAGCUGCAUAUUAAUAUUCCUUUUGGUGAGGCCUUGGAGCAGAUGCCCAGUUAUGUAAAAUUCAUGAAAAAAUUUCUGUCUAAGAAAAGAAAGAUGGAAGAUUAUGAAACUGUGGUGCUCACUGAAGAAUGUAGUGUAAUAUUGCAGAGGAAGCUGUCCCAAAAAAGACUUGGUUUGGGUGAGGCAAGACCAACAACAGUCACUCUACAAUUAGCAGAUCGAUCGGUGAAGCAUCCACGGGGUAUCAUUGAAGAUGUUCUUUUGAGGGUGGAUACGUUUAUUUUUCCUGCUAACUUUAUCGUUCUUGACAUGGAGGAGGAUAUGGAUGUACCUAUUAUUCUCGGUAGACCAUUUCUAGCCACAGGCCAAGCUCUCAUUGAUGUUCAAAAGGGAGAGCUUAAACUCAGAGAUCAAGGAGAUGAGGUUGUAUUAAAUGUCUUCAAGGCAAUGAAAUAUCCUGUGGCUAGUGAUAGUUGCUACUGUGUGGAUGUGAUAGAGAAAGGAGUCUCGAAAAGAAGGGUGAGUAGUGCUGCUUUAGAGGCGGUGUUAACAAGUGGUGAAGUAGAUGAUGAUGAUGCUGAGACGAGAGAAUAUGGAAACUGGAUCAAUUCUUAUCAACCAUAUAGGAAGAAGUUUGAAGAGUUAGCAGAGGGGCCUGAAAGACCAUUAACAUCCAUUCUGCAGCCACCACAGUUGGAAUUAAAGGCUCUUCCAAAUCAUUGA